AUCUUCUCGUUUCGGAAGUAUUCUACCAGAUUUGGAAGUAAUCUACCGGAUCCGGAAGUUGUCUGCCGGAUUCGGAAAUUGCUCUGCCGGCUUCGGAAGUUGUCUACCGUCCUAUGCUGUGUACAGGGGAAUAAAACGCGGUGCCCCAGCCACGAGACGAGAGAGCGGAAGGGAGAGGGGGGGAGAGACAGGAGAGAGAUAAGGGAGAGACAAGGGAGAGAUAAGGGAGAGAGACAGGAGCCAUUACUCGGCGGCUGUCUUCCUGCACACGCCGCUAAGCGCCUCACCUGCUGCACCGCACAGCGACCCUCCUGACGACCACCACCCCCGGGACGAGGGGAGCAGCAGGAGCAGCAGCAGCAGGAGCAGCAGCAGCAGCAGCAGCAGCAGCAGCAGGAGCAGCAGGGUGUCAGCAUGGGAGCGGCGAGGCUGACGCUGUGGGGAGUGGCGCUCUUCCUCGUCUGGAACUUUCUCCUGCUGCUCUUCCUGCUCGGGAAGAGUUCCCCACCAGCACAGCUCACGGCACAGGUGAGUGGCCUCGUGCGGGACGUGGAGGUGCAGCUGGAGGAACAGAAGUCUCUGCUCCAGGAGAUCCAGAGGCUCCGGAGGGCUCCGCUAGGCCCCGGCCUGGCUCAGCACGAAGCUCGGACCAACGACUCCGUUAUACCCAUCCUGGUCAUCGCCUGUGACAGGCCCACGGUGAGCCGCUGUCUGGACCGGCUGCUCCGGUUUCGGCCCUCGGCCUCCCAAUUCCCCAUCGUGGUGAGCCAGGAUUGUGGGCACGCAGAGACAGCACGGAUCAUUCAGAGCUACGGAAAACAGGUGACCCACCUCCGCCAGCCCGAUCUGAGCGACGUCCCCAGCCCCCCGGGCCACCGUCGCUUCCAGGGCUACUACCGCAUAGCGCGUCACUACGCCUGGGCCCUGGGCCAGCUGUUCGACGUGCUGGGCCACGCGGCGGCCGUGGUGGUGGAGGACGACCUGGACGUGGCCUCCGACUUCUUCUCCUACUUCUCGGCGGCGCUGCCGCUGCUGCGCUCCGACCCCUCGCUGUGGUGCGCCUCGGCCUGGAACGACAACGGGAAGCCGGGCCUGGUGGACGCCCGGAGGCCCCAGCUGCUGCACCGCACCGACUUCUUCCCGGGCCUCGGCUGGCUCCUGCUGGCCGAGCUGUGGCGGGAGCUGGCGCCGCCCCGGUGGCCCGCGGCCUUCUGGGACGACUGGAUGAGGGACGGGGAGCGCCGUCGCGGCCGCCAGUGCGUGCGGCCGGAGGUGCCGCGCGCGGUGACCUUCGGCCGCGGCGGCGUCAGCCAGGGCCAGUUCUACGAGCGCCACCUGCGGCACAUGCGGCUCAACGCCGAGGCGGCGGCCGUGGACUUCGCCGCGCCCGGCGGGGCCGGCGCCGAGGCCCUGCGGGCGCUGGCGCCGGCCGAGGACUACGCCCGCCGGUUCCUGCGCCGGGUCUACAACGGCUCGGACGAGGAGACGCUGGCGCGGGUGCUGGAGGCCGGGCGGCUGUCCGGGGCCGGCGGGGCCGAAGGAGGAGGAGGAGGAGGAGGCCGUCCGAGGCCGGCCAGGGUGACGUACCGCAGCGCCGACGAGUUCAAGGCGGCCGCCAGGUCGCUGGGGCUCAUGGACGACCUGAAGGCCGGAGUGCCGAGGGGCGCCUACCGGGGAGUGGUGUCUGUCAUGCACGCCGGCAGACGGGUGCACCUGGCACCGCCGCCCGGCUGGACGGGGUACGACCCCAGUUGGACGUGAGGGGAGUGGCGGGGGUGGGCGGGUCGGUGGGUGAAAGGGUGAGCGAGUGAGCGAGUCAGUGAACGAGUGAGUCAGUGAGCGAGUUAGUGAACGAG